UGCAGUCAUUAGGCCUGCCAGAGAUAAACCUAUCCUCACCCAAAUGGAAUGGAUGAGGAGGUAUAUUAUGAACAGGAAUAAUGAAAAGUGGGAGGAUUCAAAAACAAUUACACACAACUUAGUGCCAUAUGUGAGGCAUGUUCUGGGGAGGAUAGACUUUGUGGCUAGGUCCUGUGUGGUGCAGCCAUCCAGAGGGAAUACAUUUGAGGUGCAGCUGAAGGAUGACCAGGUGUUGGUUGAUUUGGACAAGGAGACCUGCACAUGUUACCAUUGGGAACUCACUGGCAUUCCAUGUGUUCAUGCUUAUGCCUGCAUAUUGGAUAUGAGGGGUGACAUAGAGGCUGUUGUUGACCCAUACUAUACCAUGGACACAUACAGGUCUGCUUAUGAACCAGCUGUCCAACCAAUGCCUGGCCCAAAGCACUGGGAGAGAGUCAGAAUGAGGGAACCACUACCCCCUUCUGUUAAGGUGCAACCUGGGAGACCAAAGAGCAAAAAAAGGAAGCUUGAGCCAGGAGAAUGUUCUUCUUCAGGUGGUCAGGCAAGUACCAAGAGGAAGAAGCAAUGCAGCAACUGUGGGGGAUAUAGGCAUUAUGCCAAGACUUGCAAAGUACCUGCUGCACCAGCUACAGAGCUGAUAAAGUCAGCAGGCAGACCCCCACUGAACACUCCUUGGAUGGUGGAGGAGAGGAAGAAGAAAGAGAUUAGGGCUGCUAAAAAGAGUGCAAUUGGGGCUGGACCAAACAGCAUAGGAAACAAAAAGUUUCCUCAAGAGCAAGAAGGUUGUCUGCCAUUCAGCAAGCGCCCACAGCCACAGUCUUCCUCAGCUAAGCAUUCCUCAGCUCAGCCAUCCUCUAGUCAGCCAUCCUCAGCUCAGCCUUCCUCAAGUCAGCCUGCCUCAAGCCAACCAAAAAGAAAGACAAGGUCUUCCUCAAGUCAGCCUACAACAGCCACAGGUGUUGUAACAAGGGCCAGGCUGCAAUCCCUCAACAACCUUACUCAGUGAUGUACUCAUGCUGGAUAUCAAACAUUAUGUCUGUUGAACAAUUUCAAACUUUUAUUAUGUACUCAUGACUGGUUAUGUAACUUGCUAGUUUUUUAGUGGCUUCCCUUAACAAAUUUGAACAAUUAGAUAUUGAAUUGUAAUGGUUGCAUGGCUUUGAUUGCCAUUGAAACAUGUUGAAGUAA